GAUGAAAUCGCCUUCCAAUCUUUUGGGUUUCUCAUUUCUCAUUCCAAAUCAUUUUUUCAUUUGCCAUUCGUUCUUCCUUCUCGAUCGAAAGGCCAAUUAUUUCGUUAUCAGAUUCUCAAUUUCAUAAAACGAUAACAAUAAACCUCGCAAGUUAAUUCAUCGUUAAAACACACAAACAAAACAAAUUAAAAUUUUGAAUAGUUCCAUUUUUUCAUUAUUCAAUUAUUAAAUUUUUAUCCUUUUGACCGAAUUACAUUUCGUGUUCAUUUGGGUUACCGAAUUUCUCACAAAUCAAUCGUGUGUAUCCAAGGAAUUAUAAUUCCGUCGUUGAAAAUUGAAGCUUUGAUUUUGUUGCGGUGGUGUUGAUUUUUGUGAAACGGCACCGUUUUGUUGUUUUUGUUUGUGAAAAUAUAGGAAAAAUGGGAACAUGGUGUAGUGAAAACGACGUCGUUGAGGUUGAAGGGAUUAAUUACAGUGUUUGUGUUGCCGCCGACGGUGAUUUGUGGCUCAGUGUUGGUUCCGCCGGCGACGGGAAGAUCAUAAAAGGUUUCAGCCUUGAAAGCGAACAUGAUUUGGGAAAUAUGGUUAGCGAUUUCUUAGAGAAUGGUAGCUGUGGUGCUGAGUCUUGGUGUAGCAGUGAUAGCGAAUCUGGUCUCUCUGAUUUUGCUCACCUCGCUGAAAAGAUUCAGAUUUGCAAGCUAUCGGUGACUCCACAUGAGAUUGACUUGCUCUCAGUUGUUCAUUCUCACAUACGAUCAAUGAAAGAGAACAAACUUGAAACUAUGAAUUCUGGUCCGUGUUAUGCAAGCUGUAUCAGGUUUUAUUUGGCAAAGUUGAUGAGACUUUCUGGCUACGACGCUGGUGUUUGUACUUCUAAAUGGCAGCCUAUUGGCAAGGUCCCUGGAGGUGAAUACGAAUAUAUUGAUGUGCAGGUCGACACUAACUCUGGAGUCUCAGAGCGUUUGAUUAUCGAUAUCGAUUUUCGAAGUCACUUUGAAAUAGCCAGAGCUGUUGAUUCGUAUGACAGGAUACUGAAAUCGCUUCCAGUUGUUUACGUGGGUUCCCUCACUAGGCUGAAACAGCUUCUCGGAAUAAUGGAGGAAGCUACAAGAUCUUCUUUGCAACAAAAUUCUAUGCCUUUUCCUCCAUGGAGAUCUUUAACAUAUUUGCAUGCCAAAUGGCUAUCACCCUUUGAAAGAAUCACACAUUCAGACGGCAACAUUAGUACAGAAAAUGGCGAUGACUUCGACCACAAGCAAUGUCGCGGACACUUGAAGAAGCUGCAAACUUGUCUUCAGUCAGCAAUGGAAGUGGAGCGAAUGUUGAAGGCUCGAAACAUUGAAAGUAACCGGAGAAUGAAAUCUGACCGAUGGAGGCACUCGUUGCUGAGGCCUAUUUGACACGUAAAGAAUUUCGGCAUUCAAGUUCUCUUAACAGAAUAUACAAUUUACAAUUUUUUUGCGACAUUUUUCCCUCGUCGUAACCUAAUAAGAAGCCUUAGCAGCGGUUAUAAGGCGUUUUCAUUAUGCAUCAGGUUCUUUGUUUCUGAUCUUGCGGAGUUUUAGAGUUUUGUUUGGUAUGGUACCCAUUGAGUUUAUGUACUUUAUAUAACGGCGGCGUCACAUGGUACAGUAUUGGGUAUCUCUACUUUAUAUCUGAUUGCUUCCUUGCCUCGUCUAUUUAUUGGGACUUGGAAAUUUUGUUAUAUUGUAUCUUUCUAUAUUUUUUGAGUUAUGAGCUCAACUAUUUGUAAUUUCAUUAUUGUUAUAUUUGGAGCUAUGAAUUCUGAUUGUUUUGGUUUUAAACCUGCUGAAAAAUUUAAUAAAGCCCAAGUUGGAACUUGCUUAUUCAGUUA